AUGGCAGCCCCUCAAGAUGCAAUCGCGCCCAGCCAAACCGCUGGAUAUCCGGCCUUCCUAUCCCAGGAAACAGUCGGAACAGCGAUGGACUCCCCGCAUAGAAAUUCCAUCAACCCACUGGCAUCGGCUCGCCAAAAAUCCGACAAACUCAUGUCGAAUCUGCGAAUGCCUUUGCUGCUGUUCACCGACGACGAAGCCGAUACACUAGUUUACAUCGACGCGGCUGAAAGCGAAAAGGCACAGCAGCACCGCUGGGCCGCAUUGUCGCAGUCAAACGGCAAUAAUGUUGUCCCACAGCGUAUGCACAGCCGGAAAAUACUAGGCGCUGGAUCGCCCGUAUUGAAUAUGCAUUUUGAACCGCGCAAACAAGCGCGGGUCCGGCGUCGCUAUGGGUUGACCAACAAUAUGCCCGCGGGCAUCGCGCAUGUCAUUGACUUGACACCCCCCUCAGAGGGCGAGGAUGCCGUGAUCUUCAUGACCGAGCUUUCGUGUCCGCUCGGGGUGCGAAAAUGGGCCCAAUAUGCGACUACGUGGAGGCUUCCAUCGCUUUGUGUCGGUGGUCAGGACGAAGUCGAAUGGAUCACAGUCACGGAGCCCGAGCCUGAACCUCAAGAAACCUUGCCGCUUAAGAAGAAAAAAAGCUCUCCAGCAAAAGAAAACAAGAAAAAAAAACAAGCUGCCAAACAGCAGCAGCCUCCGCGAAUUUUGAAUUGGAGCGGAAACCUGCCGACUUUGCGAGAAGAUCCGCCUGAGAAGAAAGUCGUGGUCCCCAAAGUCGAGAAGCUGCCACCGCGAGUGACAACAGUCCCGGGGCUUCCCCUAGACUACUCGCCAAUUCGUCACCGAACCUGUCUCGAGCGGAUUCUGCAUGCCCUUGAGGAGCUGAAUCCGGAACUUGACACACCACCCAAACUAUGGACGUUCUUCGCGCUUGCGAAGAUUUUGGGAGUUGCCGAAAAUCCACUCAUCGGUGAUCAUGUAGUGGCCUGGCUGUAUGCAGGCAGCAAUCCCUUGUUUGUCGAAAUCAAUCCGGAGCUGGCGUAUAAGAUAGCCUGUGGGCUGAAGAAUAGCCAGUUAUGCCAGGACUCUUUUGCCAUUCUCGUCGGCGAGGAAGCCCUGUCACUUUUGAAUUCUUCGGUGCAAGGCCAGGUUCCUAAGCGUGAGACCGAGACUAUGCAUGGCCGGACCCGGGAGCAGCUGGAUGAUACCGAGAUCCAGCGCAUAGAAUAUGCAAGUAAGGCAUUCCUAGACAAGAUGCUCAAUGAGUUUGUCGAACUUGCCGGCAACGAGAUGUUAUGGCUGGACAAACUGGUUCGGAGACACAUCAAAGGGAAGCUGGAACCAAGACACAAAUCGAUGGUCGAUGACUUUGUCAAGUUUUGCAAAGAAUGUGUGCGUGAUGGAAUUUACAGAGUCUUGCGGGAGUCAAAACCAACGAUUAACUCGUUCGACUACCCUAUCGUUUCAGACUCUGGCUAUCCUAAUCUGAAAUAUCGAUCCGCCAUGGACAACAUGCCUUUUAUUUGUCGCAUCUUGACACGUACUUUCUGGAAGUCUCUCCAGGAAUGUCCAAUUUUUCUUGAUGGUACGAGUAGAGCAAUGUCCGAUCACUGGCAUACCUCCCUUAAAGAGCUUGGGCCGAUGCUUCCCAAUCUAAAGCACCAAGAUAGCGCAACUAUCCGAUGGAUUAGCGGGAUGGAAUAUGCCAAUACAGAGCGCAGAUUCCACAUCAAUGCGAACAAUUUCCAUGACUCCAUGUGGUCUAGUGCUGCGAUGCAGGGGUAUCUUGAGAUGCACCCAGACCUCACAGACAUAAUAGUUCGAUUUGAUUCCAGCCGAUGCGAAACGGACAUCACGCAUUACCUGAGCCAGUUUGCUAAUCGCGUCACCAGUGCUUUCACUGAACGCCUUCCAAGGAAUGAUGGUGUCAAGUUCGAACUGAUUGACACACUUGUUAGUCUGGGUGAGGAAGAGCUCAAGUUCCUCCCUCUGUGGGCUGGUGGGAACGAUGAUGGUACUGGAGGCGUCUUUGUCGACCACGACCUCCCCAUUGUCGAGUCUGGCGGAUUCUCGACAGCGGGCCCGUCCAUUCACACAGGCAGCACGGUGCCGUCAGAGGGCUCGAUGAGUUCUUUUGACAGUAUUCGCCCGGAUGACGCGGUUAGUACUGUCCAGCGAGCCUCGCAUGAAGCGACAGAUAGCCAGGCUACUACGACUGUGCGCUCGGCAUUCUCGACGGCGUCGUCUAGCUUCGAAAUCGUCGGCGGCGUUCGGGGGAUGGAUAUCCAGAGCGAUCAUAGUAUUGCGGAUGAUAUGGAUUAUGAGAUAGGCGUACCUGACGAUGUUGACGAUUUUGUUUUUGACGGUUAUGAUGACAAUGAUGACAAUGAUGAUGCUAAUGACACUAUUGGAGAUUCAGAUGGGGAGUUAAUUUGA